GGCUGUCAAUUGCUUACGCAAGUACGAAGGCUGUAGCGCAUGGGUGUGUGCACUGCGCGGAACUCGCUGCCUUGUCCCUGUCAACAAUCCUGCACACUCCGACCAUCUAGACGUCUCUUUUUUAUCCUAAAGAUGUCAAAGUACAAACUGUUCCUGUUGAGACAUGGGGAGGGAGCCUGGAACAAGGAGAAUCGUUUCUGCAGCUGGGUGGACCAGAAGCUGAGCGAGGGUGGCGUCGUGGAGGCCCAGGAGUGCGGGAGGCUUCUGAAGGAGCAGGGCUACAAGUUUGAUCGGGUCUUCUGCUCCCUGCUCAGCCGCUCCAUCCACACCGCUUGGCUGGUCCUGGAGUCUAUGGGCCAGGAGUGGGUCACCGUCACCAAGUCCUGGCGGCUGAACGAGCGGCACUACGGCGCACUGAUCGGCCUCAACCGGGCCGAGAUGGCCCUGAACCACGGCGAGGAGCAGGUGAAGUUGUGGCGGAGGAGUUACGACAUCACCCCGCCGCCCAUUGAAGAGUCACACCCGUACUUCGCUGAGAUCUACAACGAUCGCCGCUACAGUACGUGCGACGUGCCUAUAGAGCAGCUGCCUCGAUCUGAGAGCCUGAAGGAGGUGCUGGACCGACUCCUGCCCUACUGGACCGAGGUCAUCGUCCCAGAGAUCAAGAGUGGCCACACCGUGCUCAUCUCGGCACAUGGAAACAGCUGUAGAGCCUUGCUCAAACACUUAGAAAAUAUAUCGGAGAAGGACAUCGUAGGUGUGACUUUACCCACUGGGAUUCCUGUGUUACUGGAGCUGGAUGAGGAUUUGAAGCCAGUGAAGCCGCGCCAGCUCCUGGGAGACCAGGAGAAGAUCCAGGCAGCUAUCAAGAAAGUGGAGGACCAGGGGAAGGCCAAGGCGUCCAAGUAAGGCUCAGCUCAGGAAGUACAGAACUCUGACCUCUCCAGAAGCAGGGUUGUCAGGGUAAUACCAGUUUGCAAGGUAUCACCAGGGAAGGCCACACUUUUACUCAUAUAGGGUAUUAAUUAAGACCACCAUAGAUAACAUAAAGCACAUUAAAGAGUGUAGUGUAGGUUAAUGGUUUGUUAUUAAUGGCUAAACUUGAUUUAACCCAAUCCAUGGUUCAGAUACAAUAGAGCUUGUGUCUUUGGGGGGAAAAAAGUGGAGAAUUGGCAAGAAAAAAUUGGCUCAACUCUUCACACACACCCUUCUUUUUGUGUGAUGACUGCACACAUCCUGAUUGAAUGGACUAAAUGUUGCUGUUACGUUACUGUAGCGAAAUGUUAUGUUUGUGUUUGCCUUUCCAAUUAAUGUAAAUACUGUUACUGUAUGCAUCAAAUGUGCCAUGUGGUGUAUGGAAAUAGUUUGUGAUUGGCUUUUCCUGAAACAAAUCAGAGUACUAGAAAACACUCCUGAUAUUGUACCUUAACACAUUUUAUCUCCCACUGAAACUUGAGAUACAAAUAGCGCAGGAAGUGAGUGAGCUAAAUGUAUGGAUUGACACAGGAAGUGAGAUAAGUGAGAGGAUAAAGAGGAAGCGAGCACUGGUGGGUGUAUUAAGGAAACAACAAGAGGACCAGAGGUGCCUUAUGUUUAAGUCAAUGAGAGACCUCUAUCUGUCGUUUGUCAUGCUGGUUGGGUGGUCAGCUGAUAAUAGGGAAAGUACAUGUGUGGCACACACAGCUUUAUUGGUCUGUUACAUCAAGAUGAGUGCAAGUGCUGUAUAAGGCCCAUGAUGCUUGCACAUGCUAGUAACAAAGCCCCCCAUCCCCAUCCCCUAUCCCACAUCACCUCCCAAAUGUGGAUGUGUUUUGCAGCUAGGCUGGAAGGCUAAAUCUAAACUUCAAGUGGUGUAUAUUUUUUUUAUUGUAACUCUGUAUUAGAGUGAGUAUAAGUAUGCAUUUAGGCAUUCAUAGCUGAUAUGCUGUUGCAUGCAUGCAAAUGUGUGUAACAAGAGCUGUCAUCUUAGCAUUCAAGUUAGGCUACAGGUAAUAAGCAAAUAUCAAAGGGCAUACACAUACUGAUCUUAUGGUGACAGACUUGUCAAGCUGAAUGUUCAAUAAACUUUAGUGCCCCUAAAUAUCAUAUCAUCUAACAUUUAAAUUAAGUUUUUAGGUAAAAACACUGAACAAACAUAUAUUACCUCAUGGGGUUAGACAGAAGAGGUCUUUCAUUCCAAGCUGUUGUAUGGUGAGCCUAGCCAAGCGUAUUACUUUUUGGAUAAAUCUUUAAAACUUGAAAAAUUAGAGUGGGUGGUGUGAGGUAAUUUAGUAGCAGUUAAUUUGCACGGGUUCAAACUUUUCCUUCUGUGUUUUCAUUCAUUGCCUGCCGACUGCCGGUUUGAAAUGCGAUACAGUGCAUAGAAUGUGCAAUGAUUUUGUUAAAAACAGCAUUACUAUCCUUGUUGAAAAGUUACUGAAAAUGCGGCACUUUUUAAAAUAUUUAUUUUUGCCCAGGACCCCAUAUCUGUAACAGAGAAAUGAAGAACUCCAAAAGUUACCCUGUGUAAAGAGCGUACAGUUAAGAUGAAUUGCCUCAGAGUACAUCGGUUCUGCUAUGCAUUUGACACUGUAAAUGAGGCCUGUGUUUUAAGUUGAUGCUAACUUUGAGUAUUUUAUGUUUGUCUAUUUAUUAAGUUGUUGCUAAUUGUUUGGGUAGACAUUAUGUUUAUGCAAGUAUAUGUUGUAUUUGUGUUGUGUUAGACCACUGAACAAAAAUAUUUUUAUACAUAAUAAUUCUGGAGCUUUGUUACUUUAGGCCAUUUGUUAUAAAAAAGUGAAAGCACUUAAGGCUGAACCAUUAGUUCAUUUGCUUGUCACUGUAUGUGGGCAUUGAAAAUGAAUAACAGAAGUUCCUUAUAAAUUUAAGGAAGUAUGAGUAAAGGUCAUGAAUAGAUCGGUCUAGAGAAAUGAAACAAUAGAGAUGCACUUGGUGGACUGAGUAAAGUUGUACAGUGUUUCAUAACCAUAUGUUGCAACCAAUGUAUUACAAACAAUGUAUUUGUAAUAUAUAUUUUGGCUUCUAUCAUACAACUUGUGUAGGAGUGAGCACAGUAGUAUCCUAUAGCUCAGAUGAAGUCGGUUUUCUAUACAGUAGACUCCAAAUGAGCUCAGACCUUAUACUGCCACAGCAGCCUCCUUCCUGCUUUACUCAUAUGUAACUACAAUGUCAUGACAGGACACUGUGAUGUUCCUCAUGCAGGGAAAAUGUCAUUAAAAGGCUCAAAAAGGA